AUUUGGCAUCCUUAUGUCAGUGUUAAAAUCCUAGCAGCUGUAAAUAUUUAUUGCAGAUGAAAUAUACUCAUAUGCUCCAGCUAGCACAUUACCAUGUGAAUAAAUCUAACACUAAAUAAAUCAUGUGCACUCCAUCUUUUAUUCAGUUUAUAAAGUUCUUGCUUCUCACUCUGAGCAUUCGUAACUUAAUAAGGUUAUUCAGAAGCAGAGUGAUUCGUGGUGUGCCCUGACUUGUUUUAUAACACAGCAUUUUGCUUCUUAUAUUUCACCUCUGACAGCUUUCGUAAAGUUUUGAUUUGAUAGGAUAAGAACAGUGAGGGCAUUAGGACCAGGAGAAAGACGCACACACUGCUCUGUAUUAUGUCUGGCAAAGUGCUUCCUGACUGAGUGCUGGAGCUAUGUGUGAAGCAAAGGCAGGGACCGACUAGUUCUCAUCUGUUGAUCACAGUGAACUUGAAGUCUCAGACGGGGGAAGGCUGUCAGAUCUGCUUUCGGAGAUAAGGCACGUGAAACCAGACAGCUACGGGAAACAUUGAAGAAGCAGGAAAUACUCUGGAAGGAAACUGUUAGAAACGGGAUUUCUUUUUACCUAGAAUUUAAAAAGGAAAAACUCAAAACUUAAGCUAUUCCUUUCAUUUGCUAAACAUGCUCUUUGCUGACUGAGCCGGCACUCCGUAACAACGGACCUACUCCAUCUCACUGGAUCCAUGCUGCAUUUUACCACAUAUGUUCUUGAGGAAGAAAUGCAGAUAUGGAUCACGCAAGCUGCAGUUUCUGUUGUUGUUGCUGAUGCUGGGCUUUUUGCUGCUGAUGGUUACAAUGCUGAAUCCACCAGCCAGCAACCGGAGCAAGGACGGGACUUUCCAGCCUGUGGAGUUCAACCCCCGGGAAGGGCACCAGGUGGACUUUGCGGAGACCCAGGAGAUGCUGGAGACCCAGGAGGAGAGCCAGCAGUACUACCCCUUGGACGGGCUGUCACCGUUCAUCUCCCUGCGGGAGGAUGAGUUGAUCGCGGCCGUCGUGUCCCCCACGGGUCGAAGGAACCACAGCAAGGCCAGGAAAGGCUAUCGAGUGGUGAAGCAGCAAAGCAGGCGGCCGGAGGCGAAGGAGGGAGACCCCGAGUCCCAGCUCCUGUCCCUGCCUCUGGGGGACGGCAACGGGGCCGCAACGGGGGAGCGGCCGCUCGGCUUGGAAACCCACGGCUUUAACGAAGCGCUCAGCGAGCGGAUCUCUCUGCGCAGGGAGCUGCCUGAGGUACGACACCCGUUGUGCCUACAGCAGGAAUAUGACUCCAGCCUGCCUACUGCUAGUGUCAUCAUCUGUUUCCAUGACGAAGCCUGGUCUACUCUGCUGAGAACAGUGCACAGCAUUAUUAACACAGCCCCAAAGGCCUCCCUUAAGGAUAUCAUCCUAGUAGAUGACCUAAGCCAGCAAGGGCCCCUGAAGUCAGCCCUGAGUGAAUACAUCUCAAAGUUGGAUGGCGUGAAGCUGAUCCGGAGCAACAAGAGGCUUGGAGUCAUCCGAGGUCGGAUGCUAGGAGCUGCACGGGCAACUGGAGAUGUGCUCGUCUUCAUGGAUUCACACUGCGAAUGUCAGAAGGGCUGGCUGGAGCCACUCCUGGCCAGGCUGUCCAGCAACCGCAACAGUGUCGUCUCCCCUAUCAUAGAUGUCAUAGACUGGAAGACUUUUCAAUACUAUCACUCUAUGAGCCUGCAUCGAGGUGUUUUUGAUUGGAAACUAGAUUUUCACUGGGAACCAGUGCCAGAGCAUGAAGAGAAGGUACGACAGUCUCCCAUCAGCCCUAUCAGGAGUCCAGCAGUAGCUGGUGCAGUAGUUGCCAUGGAUCGACAUUACUUCCAAAACAUUGGAGCGUAUGAUUCUGACAUGACCAUGUGGGGAGCGGAAAAUCUAGAGCUAUCUAUAAGGACCUGGCUCUGUGGUGGCUCUGUAGAAAUCAUUCCAUGCUCCCGUGUUGGACAUGUCUAUCGAAAUCAUAUUCCCCAUGCUUUCUCCUAUGAAGAGGCCAUUGUGAGGAACAAAAUCCGAAUAGCAGAGACUUGGCUGGGUUCUUUCAAAGAGAACUUCUACAAGAAUGACACUGUGGCUUUCCUAAUCAGCAAGGCAGAGAAACCAGACUGCAGUGAGCGUCUUCAGCUACAGAAGAGACUGGGCUGUAGAAGUUUCCAGUGGUUUAUAACAAAUGUGUACCCUGAGCUCUCCCAGCCUGAAGACACACCAAGAUUAUCUGGCAAGCUUUACAAUACCGGUGCUGGCUUCUGUGCAGAUUACAGACCUGGAAGGGCCUUGGCAGAUGGCUCUAUCAAACUCUCUCCUUGCAGUAACAGCCUCACCCAGCACUUUGAAUAUAACAGCAUGAAGGAAAUCCGCCUUGGGUUUGUUCCACUGUUUUGCCUUGAUGUCAGACAUGGGAAGGUUAUCCCUCAAAACUGCACAAAGGAAGCAGAUAACAGUGAGCAGCACUGGGAUGUCCAGGAGAAUGGAAUGAUUGUCCAUGUCCUUUCUGGCAAAUGCAUAGAAGCAGUGAAAAGUGAAGAUGAGAAGGACUUGUUUUUGUCCAUAUGUAACAAGAACAGAAAUCAGCUGUGGCAAUUUGAACAUUCCCAAGGACUACAUCAGAGAUAACUGCCAGGUCUGUGGGGAGAUCAAGUCUCCAAAAUCUAGCAUUACUUCUUGUUGGGAUUCAAGAUAUGAACGUUUACUACAAAGAAAAUAAAGAUGUUUGUGUUUGCUGUAAUAUACAAGGAAGCUAGGAAGGUCCUCCUUCAAAAGCCUGGCUCAAAUGGUUGCUGCUGGUUCCUGGCUUUUCAGCUCUAGCUAAAAUUUCCAUUAUUCUGUAUAAAGGGAAUAAAGAUACUGUGAGCAUCAAUUGGUUUUCAACUCUGCUACUGCAGAAAACAGUUCAGUUUACCAUUUGAAGGAAAUGUGGGAAACUGGUUGCCAGACAGCUUGUCUUCCAGCCUAUUCUGUGACAUCUGAGGAUACAGGAAAAUGAAUGUUAGGGAAACACUUGAAACUGUAAGAGGACAUCAGCCAAAUCAGGAGGGGAAUUUAAUCUAGUUGUACAGUGUGCUCGACUCAUAUGAAACAAAGUAGGUUUUAUAUGUAUUAAAGUAGUAGAUGCUUUCAUGUGUAAUAGCUAAAAUCUUGUUUCCCAGCCUGAGCCAGAUUUCUAUCACCCAUAAGACAGCACAAUCCAUAAAUUAGUACUUAAUUAGGCACUAACUGCUUUAAUUGCUUUGGAAUACCAACAGUCCGCAGAGUUUGGCACACUCUUCCUUAUAUCCUUCAUCCAGAGCCUAAUUGGAUGGGAUAACGAGACUGAAUUAUUAACUUUUUUUGUUUCAGUUUUCAUGAAAACUAAGAACAACUCUUAGAAAAACUUUUGUGGAAUAUAGAAGAAAACUAAAGUAGAUUUGAGAGUAGACUGGCAGCUCCCCUGCUUAUUGUGAAAUUGAAAGUAUAGGUGACAUUCAUUCAUUCUUAUAAAGCUUUGAGAUGAGCUCAUUAUUACUGCAAUGACAAAAGUGCUGGUUGGAAAGAGCAAAAGAAGGAAAUGUCAGGUUUCAACACUGGCUAUCUAGAAAGAAAAUACUGAUGUCUGCUUCUACUCGCUUGCUGCCCACUGUACUAAGUCUUCUACACUGUGAGUUUUAGCCAUGAAGAUCUUUUAGACUGUUGCUGUCAUGGGUCUCGCAGCUGAUCUGCAAAACGUAACAACAUGCAUAAUUUUCUAAAGAAGCUUCUUCUGUAGGGCCUGCAUCCCCAGUGACCUCUCGUCCCUCACAGAUGUGACUGAGAGUUCAUUUUAGGUAAUGAGAAUGGUUUCAGUAUGCACUAGCAAAGCAAACUUCUAUCAAUAUUUUGUCAGGGCACUUGCAAUUUUGGAGUUAAAACAAAUAAUGAUGACAAUUUCCAAGAGCCUUGUAGGACAGAAGAAUGAAGAUCUGGGAGUUUUCCCAUGUCGGCUCCACACCUGAUUUAUUGCAUAAAGCAAUCAUAUAUACACAUAUUUAUUAAGGGGAAAGGACAUUGUAAAUGAAAUCUGAUGUUGAUUUUUUUUCAGGAGACGGAAAGAAAAUUGCUUUCUUAUAAAAUGCACAGCAUAUUGUGUGAGCUUCAGACAAAGGAAGGAACAAUACUCAGCUUAGAGUAUUCCAGUCACCGGCUCUUGGUUAACCAUAAUACUUUUGUUUCAAGCAUACAAAAUUGACUACAACAGAAGACAUGAGCAGCAUCCUGUGUGAUGUUGUCCAAAAAAUUCCCCACUGAGGUCCUUGCUUGGUUUGAGUACUGCAGUUUCCACAUCAUGUUCAGGCACCACUCCAGCUACUCUAAUUACCACUUACGCUUUCUUUGAUAGCAUCAGAACCCAAUGCCAUUUGCUGCUAUGUCAUUUAAAAUUCCCCAUGACACUCUUGAAGACGCUUCAGUUUUUAACUGAAAGGAUGGUAACAGAACAACAAGUGAUAUAUAAUCACUGCCAGAUCUAUGGUGAGAAAAGACACUCUUUAAAAUCACAGAAAAGUUGAGUGAAAUGCUGUUUUAAUGAAAUGUGAUUCCUUUUUUUUUUUUUUUUAAUUAUCACAGAUUUUUUAAUUAUGUGUUAUUUAUUCUAUUUUGGACUCUACACUGGGAAUGUCAUUCCUUCAGCAUUUUGCUUCGUGUUUCAAAAGUAUUUGUACAAAUAUAACUGAUCACAAGUGGGAUUUAUCAUCAUGAGAAUGAAAAUAUUUUUGUUUAGAGAGGAAAAGUUUGGAAUAAAAUUUAAAAGCUGUGGAGAUCCUCAUCUAAUACUACUUUUUAAGAGAAUUAUAAAACCCUAGAAAAUAACGUUUGCUGUAGAUAUGUGUACAAUAGAAAAAUGUUACAUCAUAUCUCUUCCAACAAUAAAAUUAAAACAUAUUGUUCCAAAUGAUUUAAUGAAUAAUUACUACUAUACUUGCUGUGUUUAGUAACACAGUACAUGUAUGUUUGGUUUCCAAGGGGACUGCACUUCAGAGCACGUGACAGAAAGGAGCUACUGCAUGGUCCAAAAGGUCUCUGUAUGGGGACAGCAAAGGGAGAGGGCUUGUGGGCAAUAUAACACAGAACACUUCCCUCUAAUAUAAACAUAACCUUUUAUCACACCCACACACACACACACAGACCAACAAAACAAAACAAAGAGAAAACAUCUAUCUCCUGUUUUGCCUGCUUUCCUUCCUGUAUGCUUUUUAGAUUGGUUGGUUGGUUGUACCAACACCAUUUUCCCAUGGUGGCCAUUUACUUUGCCUCUUUUGUCACAUCUAUGAACUAGAUCCUUCUCCUCAAGUAGGUUUCACAGAGAGUUCAAUAAAAGGUCUCUGUUCUGGGUGCCAGUUUAUUUUCUUCAGUCCUGCAUGUUUUUCAUACAACAUAAACAGGAAGCAAUGCUUCGAGCAUCACAAAACAUGGAACUACUUUUAGCUCCUUAUUUAGACAGAGACAACAUUUCAGGUUCCUCUAAUUCCCACUGACAGGAGAGAAAUGUAAUAACAAAAUGUUUCAGGCAAAAUGGCAUAGAAGCGUUAACUCCCAAGACCUCUGCAGUAGAGCCUCAGGCAAGAGCAAAGGAAUUCCAGCAUAAGAGGAACAAAUGCCGUGUAUUCCAACCCUAUCUUUUCUUUGAAUUUGGCAACACAGGAAUAAUGAACACUUUGAGCCAAACCCACCCACGAAGAUGAGUUAAAAGGUCAGAUUAAAGGACAGGUCACCUUCCGUCUGAUGAUGUUUAGUAAGUAGUCAGGUUUAUGCCUCUUCCAGCUAAUUGGAAAUAGAAUAUAAAGGCCUGAAGUAUUACUUCACUUACUUUAAAACAAAGACCCAGUGAUGCAGUCAGUACCAGCAGGAGCCUGGGGUUCAUCCUGGUAGCUGAGGUGUCACCACUAGCAUGGAGAAAUGGAACUGCAGCAUUUUAAUACUCACAUUAACCUCAAGUUUGAACAAGGGGAUGAACAGAGCAGCCUCUAUGCCAAAUCCAUUAGUACAGAACUGAUCAGGGCAUCUCUCAGUCCAUGUGCAAGUGCCUCCAGGUCCUUUGUGACUACAGAUUUCUCCAGGAUGGAACGGGGCUAUGAUGAGGCAAUCAAGACAGCAGCCCACUUUUCUUUUCAUGACAUCUGGACAGUGAAGUGAGUGACAGCUUUCUGUUUCCUUUUUUGCACCUUGUAUCUCUUUUUAUCUCCAGCAGUUUGAUCCAGAUUAUAAAGAUACUGGAGACUCUUAUACAAGAGAGUCAAAAAAGAGCAUUUGCAAAUAUUCACAACUUCUCAACUUACAUUUUUAAUCUAUGCAAACUGCACUGUUUCUGCCCCCAAUAAAGCAUACCAGCAUACAGUGAAAUGUUUUGUUUCUAUUCCUCUUCAUUAUGAUAUAAUUGAUAAAUGCCUCUUUUUCCUUGCACAGCACAAUGCUGGUCUGCAGAUAAGCCUCAAGUGACAAUGCUUUCAGUUAGCCACCAUUUAAUGGUCUUAAAGAAAUCCACCAACAUCUUAGAGGGAGCCGAUUUUACAGUCCUUUGCCAUCAUUUCUGUGAGUUGCAGGGGAAGAACUGGAAUAGAACUGCAGGAGAGUAGAAACUCUGCAAAGUGCAAUCACUGACACACCAUCUGCACUGCUUACAGGUGCUCUGCCACCAGGUGCUUUGGAAUGGAGUACUGCUGAAACAACCUGCCUACGUGAUAGGAGGCACAGCACUUUUGCUACCUUUCUAGCUACAAACGGUGGAUUUUAUAAAACAGCAGCUCACUUGUAGAUUGUUAUGCACAAGACACAGCAGAAUUCUGAUGACAGAGAACAGAUACAAGUGUCAAGAUUGUUAGUGAAGUUCUUUCUUUUGGCUUGAACCUAAGUGAUGCACAGAUCAACCUAAAAGCUGAAUGCAUCAUUCAGUUUCUAAGGAGCUGCACUAUGAACUUUGUUGAAGUCCAUGACAUUUGAUAAUACCACCAUGAUGUUUAUUUUCACUGGAGCUAAGUUUGUGUUACAAAUUCAGAUUAUGAAAAUAAUCAUUGUUUUAAAAUGUGCGUUAUAUAGAACUACUGUAACCUAAUUUGUAUACUUUUUUCAGAAGAUUGUUAACAUAGAUCUCCAUUCUUUGCCAUUUUUUUAUGACUUUCUCAGUCUUACCGACUGAUAAGAAUUAAUCUAAUAAUGUUCUUUAUGUUGUUAUAGGCACAAAUGAGUUAUAAGGGAUUCCAUCCUUUGGUUUUAAGUUUUUCAAAGCAUUUAUUUCUCAGCUUUUUAACUUAAUAUCCUAUUAACGUUUAAACUGUUUUUUACAGUCUUUUUCUCAUCGUUUUGAUUUGACAUUGACAUGAAAAAUUUCAGCACGGAUAUGAAAGAAAAUCAAACAGCAUUUUGAUGCAUCAGUUCAUUUCUAAAGAUUCCGAACAUCAGAUAUAAAAACCUGAGUACAAACCACUGGGAAGCUGCUUCAAGCACAAUCUAUCUUGUCAAUCACUCUUUGUACAUAUGGUUUGGGAUUACUGAACAAACCAAAAGCUGUAGAUAAAUCAAAAUGUUUUAUGUGAUAUAUUGCGUUAACGCCUUCCUCUUUUUCUGUCCUUUUUAUUAGCCUCCAUUGCAUGGAAAUGUUUAGAAAUCAAAAGCCAAGCAGCAAACAGACAGCCAGUUUCAUAAUCAGAGUAUUUCAAGUGGGCAGAUGCAUCAUGUCGAUUAAAAAUAAGGCUUAUAGAAAAAGCCUCAUUGACCAAGUUGUCUAUCUCAUACACAGGCUUUUUGUUUCCUUCUCUCAUUCGCAUGUAUGUCACACCCCUGGAAAACAUCUCAUCUGGGGAGCCAAGAGCUCCUUUAAUUUACCAAUCAGUCAACAGAAUCUGAAACAUCACUUAUCUGACUGAGCAAUGAGCACUUGUGCUUAUGGAGCCUACAGAGCUUCACUCAUCACAUGCUGCCUCAGCAAGCCCACAGACUGUAGCAGAAGUCCCUUCUUCAAGGCAGUUUUCCAUUGAUUCCUUUCCAUGCAGAAGCAAAGCAAGCACCAGUUUCUUAGUGGAACAAGCCUUGAUCAGUCAGUAAUGCCUGUAUAGAUAGGCACACACACAGAGCCUUAAGAACAGAGGCUGAUGCUGAUGCUACGGAAAUAACUUCUGAGUUUUACUUAAACAAUGGACUGUCUGAGCGCCAGCUCCUGCUCUUGGAACUGCCUCGUGAGUGCGGCCAGAACUGUACUCUUAAGGCUCCCAGUGCCAAGAACAACUCUUAUAUCGGUGAUGAGAGGGAAGGAUGAAAUAAAAUAGGUCUUGAACCUGAAAAAUAACUUGAUAAGCAAAGUGAGUACAAUGAGAGUAUAACUUGUAAUUACAAGAAAAUAGCAUCUUUUCUGAAAAACAUUUUCAACAUUUUCAUCCAACAUUAAACAUUGUAACACAAUGCUGAGGCUUGGCAGAGGAUGGCAGUUCCUUUUGCAGAGCUUCCAUGGUCUCUGAGUUCAGUUUGGUUUCAGUACGGAACAAGAACCAGAUUCCUUUGCAAAGAGGAGCAGAACUGGGAUUCUCACUGGAGGUGCAAUGAGAGGUGGCCACAUUGCCUACAGCCUGCUGCCAGGCUCUGUCUCCUUCUUGGUCCAUCAUAGGGAAGAACAUUUGCCUCUGGGAUGUUUUGCUUUCAACAAGCAGGCAAAUCUUGAUAAAACUUGGUUUGCUUGAAUUUUCUUAGCUAGCUCAAUUGAAAUUGUUGGUAACAAUUGCGUGCCAGCAAAGACUGCAGGCUCAGCAGAAAGAGGAAAAUCAAUAUUCAUUUUAUGAGAGGGAGAAAUAACCGAGGGAAGUAGAAAAUGAGAAAAGCUGAAUUCAAUUUCAGCUUCCAAGUACAUCCAUCUAUUGAUUUUACAGCACUGGAGGACAGCAGAAGAGCCCAGCAAGGCCUCAACUAUAAGAGCAAUCCUAGGUUUGUGUUGCAAAUGCUGGCUCCUGCUGCAGUGCCUGGCGGCGAAAGCUUUUCUCUACGUUUUCAUGUGUUCAGGCCAUAUGUACUUUCCUUUGUUCUCCCUGGCACCUGGAGUGAUUUCCAUUCUCCCAGUUUGCAAAAGCAAGCUCUGAAGGGGAAAGGACAAAGCAGGAGCUGGGGGAUUAAGGACCCAGAACCAACUCCCCAAAGCUGUUUCAGCUGAUGGCAGCAGCCCAGCUGUUUAAUACCUUGGCAUAUGAUUCCCUCCCUGUUUUCCAUAUCACUUCACUUAUCAGGAAGACUUGGGUAGCCCCAGAGCUUGCCUCAGCAGCUCCUACACAGAGGGUUAUGUCACGCAUAUGGGCAGCAUGACAAAUUGUCAGUGCUCUGCUGAGAUGUGAGAAAAGCCCACCUCACCUCCUCUGGAUGUGGCAGGAAGGCAUGAUAACUACUCACUGGAAGCUGAGUUGAUGCUGCACCCCACAAGCUGGGUGCUGCUCCUUCAGUCUGCCCUGUGCUACUCUAUGGCUCACUGCAGGUUUGGAGAGCCAGCACUCAGGGUCACUUUGUGAGAACACACUAGAGUCAAAUACAUGUGUGUUGUGCCUGUCAUUAUUAUUUUCAGGACCUCUAGUGGCAGAAAUAACCAUUUGUAGAAAAAAUCAUAUUGGAAAGCUCUUUACACGAGAAUGAGACAUGAAAUAUCAGGAUGGCUGUGAACUCCAUCCAGCCAAGAAUGAAUAUCAAAAUGCCAUUUCUUUAAUUAACAUUUUGGGUUUUCUCCAGGAAAUUAGCUCAUCUUCCCCUUUCUUAUGCAGAGUACUGCAAAAUAACAAACUGAAAUGGAAGUCCCCAUUUGUGGAAGGAUGCUUUUUGGCCAGCCAAGGAAAACUAUUGUCACUGAUUAGGAAAGAUUAGAAAAGGCUUCCUUCCUCCCCUGUGGCACCCCAAAAACAUCCUACUGUUCUUCUGGGCACAAGUCCUCCGAAUUCAGGGCUGCUAUUGCAUAAUUCAAUGAAAGAUUAAAGUCUGCCAGGAAAACAUCCAAGACUAAAACACAUUUAUAGCUAUCAGCAAUCAUUAUUUUAUACCUGACAGUAAUCCCCUUAGCAAACAGCUAUCCUCAAUUAUUGAUCUUUCAAUACGGGCUUUGAAGGUGAGUUGUAGAUGACAGCUUUGAAUUUUCUGUUUUCCAACAGGAAUACUCUUGGCAUGAUUAUGCUGAAAGUGCAGUGCAGAUCAUGAAACCUUUCCCCUCCAGACAGCCCCUAACAACACAGCCUGCGCUCCCCUGCCUGCAGCCCUUGGCCAGAUCACUCAAGCUGGGCCAGUACCAAAAAAGCCCCCUGCAUGGAGCCCGUUCUGCCAGGCCUGCUCCUAUAUUAGGUCUCAUCAGUGCAAUUAUGUUAUUAAAGAUGUUUAAAACACACCUGCAAAAUAAAUGGUAAAACGAAUGAAAGAAAAGAUGCAGACAAAGACUACAUCCAGCAAGAACACAGGAGAGCCAUAUCCCUUUUUACUUAUUUAUUUUUGGCAGUAGAGAGAUGAACCUAAUGGAGAACACAGGAUCGGGAGGAGAAGCAGAAGGGGCAAGAUGGAGGAGGCUAUUUCUCAGGAUGAGAGUGUGCAGGUGGCCAUUUGUUCUGAGACAAGAUUUCUCUUUUUCUGUACUCCAGGAAAUGACUGGACCUUUCAAAAAUAUGCAAAAAUCCCUCUUCAAGGUUUCCAUCUCUCAUCAAGGUUCCCUCCCUGCCUUACUUGAGAAGCUCAUCUCUCACAGCUCUCUGGUUGCUGUCCACUAAACUCACUAUAAUGAAAAAACAACAGUUUCCAGCAGCAAAAUAUCUAUUCCGUGAACUGCGGACGCUCUUGGAAUUGUCAUUUUUUGGCAGUCACAAGCAAUGGAUUGCAAUAUACUACAUCUGGGGGAAAUGACAGAAAGAGUCUGCGCCAUGAAGAUCUGGAUAGUGCAAGAAUGUGCAAAAGUAAACAGAAUUUCACAGAGAUAAAACACACUUGACAGGUUUAAAGUACGGUAGUCAGCUCAGUAAGAAAAGAGAAUAUUAAAACGGAGUGGUUUCAGACAUUCUGAGGAGGAUGUCUCUUAGCAGCCACUGUGCCUCUGGACAUGGCUGCAGCUCCUGCACAUCUUGGGAAGGCAUUCUGCUCCCGGUUGGUGGUGUGCAGCUGGUCAGGAGCUCCAGGCAUGCUUAACACAGCAGUGGUGUGCUGGGGGCACCAAAUGGCAGGGCCAAAAUCCUGACCUAGUGAAGGCUGGCUCCAGACAAAUAUCCUAUGUCUUCCAUUCACUGUAAUAGAGAUCAGCUACAGCUGCUGGACAAAAUAAAUUAACACAAGGAAUGAAGCCAUAAUGUACAAAAUAUGAGAAAUUAGACUCAUUACUCACUGAAUAAAGUCUACUGAAAAAUUAAGUUUUGGAGGAACUGGAACUAUGUGGAUUGAUAUCAAGUGCCAGCCUGCACAGAAGGAUGACGCAGAGUGAGAAAUACUGUCAUAUUUUAUACUGACAUCUUGAGAAUGAAAUUAUUCACUUUACGCUGAAGUGGCUCAGCUGACACUUCUGCACCAAAAUGAGUUUUAUGAAUUCAACGUUCCUUCCCUUCUCUCCUCCCUAUUUUUCAGUUCAGCAAGACACAAAUAAUAAAUGAAAUGGACACAUCUCAUUACCAGCAGUACUUCCAAAAGGGCACUGCUCAGGACAGCAGCACUCACAGAUCAGAGCUUUGUCUGUGCUUUUGCCCACCCCAAGCCCACAUGUGAAUGAGGCUGCAAUGCACUUGCCCAACCUCAGCUUUCGGCUGACCAAGUAAAGCAGCAACCUGAGACAGGCUGAAAUAUUAAUGAGAGAUAGCUGUGAAGGGCAAAAAACCCAGAAAAUUAUUUACUGUACAUGGCCUUUAUUCUCUCUUCGUUGUGUAAUUCAUUUAAAUUCUGCCCUUUCGUUCAGUGAAGUCAACGCCACCAAAGCAGACCAGGUUACUCCACACUUACACUGCUGUGCAGGAUCUGCCCUGGAGUGUUCUUCAGAAAGCAUUUUACAUGAGCUGCAUCUCCCAGGGCUCCGUGUGCCUGCAGCUCCCAAUACCCCCCAGCCACCCUGAUCCUCAAAAGCUGCCCUUGCAAGGCAAUCCACAUUAUGGUUACAGAUCUAUUACAAUAAUUUCUCAUUUGCCAGGUUGAUUAACCUGUCAGAAAUGAAUCUCUGUCUUCAGAACCUUAUUUUUGCAAGUGUUUUUGGUAUAAAUGCCUUUACUGUACAAAAAUGAACUAGACAAAAUGUGCAGACGCUUUAUUUGGCGUGGAAAGAAACCAAGGACACGGCCUGGCCCUGUUAUGGUUGCAAAAAUAAAAGAAGUAUGGGGAACUUGGCCUUCCUAAGUGGAAACUCUCCAUUUGGGUGGCCUUGCUGCAAUCUGUGUGGGACUGGCAGUCAUUGUCUCUGAAUGAAGAGGCUGGCUUAACCUGGAAUGCUAUCAAAUCCUCCCUUCCUAAGAUCUUUCAUUUGGCAGAGGUACUGACAGAAAUUCUCUGGCUGAGAAAGCACAAUCAAAUCCUGUUAUGCAUAAUAUCUUGAGAAGGGGUCCAUUAGUCUAAAACACUGUGUAAGUUUGACUGUGGUUGUUUAAUGUUUUCUCCAGUUGCUGAUUUAUUUGAAUUCUCUUUCAGACAAAAAUCCCAGCCUUGAAAUAUCUAUCAAUGAGGAAAAAAGAAAGAAAGAAAAAAAGGAUUUGCAAGAAUCAGAGAGUUUUGAAAGGACCAGAUUAAAUUAUUCCAUAGUACAACUCCUAUACAUCGUCCUCCAUUUGCUCAAUGCAGCAGGGAUAACCACAGCUCAAACCAUGAGGUUACUGGUUGGUUUACUGGGCAAGGAACAAGGUCAGAGACUGGUGCCUGGUACAAACAGCUGGAGUGGGGAGAAAAACCCUCCUGGUAUAAGAAAGAAGGGAUGGGCCCUGUAUCAGCAUAUCCUUCCAGACUGCCAUGUGCUCAGUGUGUGCACAGCAAUGACUUACGUACCAGCGGACUCCCACACUCACCCUUUCUUCCACAACAAAACCUGUGCUUUGGAUGGCAAGGCAGCCUGCAGUGCAGCUGCUGAAGCAAAGCCACAGAAACAUAUUUUGAUGCCCAAGGCAGGAUGCCAGUUCUGUGUGCCGUCACCUGCUUUCCCUUGUGCCUUAUGUCAAGGGGCAUUAAAAACACAGUUUUGCUUCCAGUUAACAGCAGGGCUUGAACUUUAUGAACCACCCUUGGCAGGGAGCAUGCUCUGCUCCUUCCCACAUACUUUCCACCAUCCUACAAUGAAGGCUUGCAUUUGCUUGUACACAUCCUGCUGAGAGCCAUCCCAGCUUUGGGAAUUUUGCUGUUUGUCUCACCAGCAACGGAUUGAGUUCCUGACUGCAGCUUUUACUUGCCCAAGGAAAACCUGCAGGCUCUGACUCCCGGCUGUUUGCAAAGCCUGUCAAAAGCUAUCUGUGUAUAGAGACUGCAACAGCGAAUACCACAUUUAAGGCUAAAAGGCAAUUCUAUGCCAAGCUCAUUCUAGGUCACUAACUUCCUAAGGGCAUUCUUCCAAGAAAUAGUUUUAUCUUGAGUAGUUCUGCCAGCCGAGAGAGACUGUGAGUUGCAAUUAACCCCUUCUUCAAAAGAAAGAGCAAGAAUUAUCCACUUCUUGACAUUCACCAUUCGUUACUCAUUCAUAAUAAGACAAUUUCUUUUCAGAACGGUAUUAAAAUAUAGUUACAAGGUAGUAGUGCCUUCAAAUGGGAAAAAAAAAAAUCUUCAUCUUUUCAAAAAUGAUGGUUUUAUAUGUGCAUCUUGGGCAGUACAUAUUCCUUUUAUAAAAGUAUGAGAUUAAAAAUAAAGUCACACUAAAACCCACCAUCAACUCCAUUCGAAAGCUUUAUUGUGUGGAAAAUAUAGAUACUCAUCAGGAGAGUCACUGCAGGAAAGACAGGGAAAUCUAAAAGGUACACAGAUGGGGCUUUGAAGAAAGAGCAGAAGCCACAUACAAAAUGCAAUAUGACUAUUUAAAUGUUUGGAGGAGAACAGCAUUAACCAGGCUCAACCAGUCCUACCAAAACACAUGGAGUUUGCACACCUUCAUCAGCCACUACCAGGAAACUGCAGCAGAAAGACACCUCAGGUCUGAGCUGAUGACACUUGAAUCAGGACACCCUGCCUUCUUCUAAAACAUGCUUGGGUCAUCAACAAGAGCACACAGGAGAAAAUCACGGUUUCUCUGAGCUUAGAUUCUAAAAAGGCUUUUGCUUUAGUUAAAUGUUAACUUUAAGACAUCAGACUAGUGCUCAGGAAGAGUCCAAAAAGAAUUCUAACAUUAAGUAUUUUUGGAAAGUGGAGAACAGAGCAGAAAACAAACAGCAUCAUGCCAAUGUACACACGAUUCACUGAUCUCCCUUCCUCUCAAAAACAAUGUGGGAGAGCUGGGCAGUGUUCUGAGAAGGGCAACAGAGCACAGAAUAGCUCCUGUGUGGAGAGUGGCUGAGUAGACAAAGACCUUACAGACUCAAUGCAGAAAUGACUAUGGGGAAAUAAAUGACUUCAAAUUAACCAGUGAGCAAUGGGUUAAAAAGAAAUGAAAAGAAAUGGUCCUCCUCACAAAGUGUCCCUAAGCUGGGUAAUUCCUUUCCAUUAGAUGCAGUGGAUAAUUAAUUGUGACACAGAUUCAAGAAGUGCUUAAGAUAACUUAUGGGAAUAUAUAUAUUUUUUAUGCUAUUAAAUAUUAGUGUAUUGAUCUCAAGAAGUCCACAACUUAAAACAAGCAUGGUAGGGUAUUCUGGGGAAACGCCACCAAAUGAGGGAGAGCAGUGCUGGGGAUGGGAUACUGGGCUAAGCAGACCCUUCCUCUUCCUUAGGACAGCAAAUUCUCCUGCUGAUGUCACCACUCAUUUCAGCCCUCAAGACAAACAUUCUUUAUUGCCUCAGAUACAGCAAACCAAUCGGUGGUUUGUCUGUACCUCUGUCUCCAGAUGGUUUCCUAUCUAAAUGAAGAGUCAGAUUGUCUUUUCCAGGCUAAGGGAUGCACACCAGCAUCCAUCACUGUGAUGAUACCAGAGCAAGGCACUGGAGCUCACAGAAGCCUCUCUAUGAUAUGAAAGCAAACUCAACUGUAUUCUACCAUUAUGAUAAAAGAGGAAAGGGUUCAUAGCUCAAUACUAUCUAAAGGAUUCAAUUAAUACCAGAAGAUGUUUGAAGCAGCUUUGCACAUGUAUAGACUUUCCCCAGGCUUAUGGUCAGAGAUCUGCAGAAGUGAGACCUGUUAAGCAGUAACUAUUCCAACGUGGGUUUUUUUUGUUUUUUUUUAAAUCCUCCCUUGAAAAAUGUGGGUUUUUUUCCUAGGGAAUGUGAAAUAGUUGUUAUUCCUCAGAUUACACCAGAAAACCUGCACUCUGUGUAAACACCACAGGACUACACACAAAAGAUAAUGCUAGAAAAUGCUGCAGAUAUUUAUACAUCUAGCAGGAUGGAGUCAAUUUUACUUCAAAUAAGGAAUGUGUCAACUUGUAGUCCUGGACAAAUAAGAAAACAACAACAGAGGACAAAGUAAAAACAUUUGUCAGUGGAACAGAAAGAGCCUAAAAAGGGCAUCACAGGAGUGACGUGUGGACCAGCAUCCUGCCAGCUCCUGCUGCUUUUACCCCAAGCCUUGCGAUAGCUGGAUCUUUCCCUAAAACAGCAGUUUCAGCAUUCAAACAAUCUGGUAAGAAUCUUAACUCUGACUAAGAAUUGAAAAAUCAUCACCAAACAACAAAAAGAGAAAUCUUGGUAGCAAAAUGAAAAUACAAUCCCUAAAAGCUUCAAUUCCAGAGAAUGAGCUUAAAAACGUUUUUAAAAAUUGUGAUUGUAAGCCUAACUUAGGAUCACUAGGGGCCUUACUCAUCAAUUUUGAAAGCUUGGUUUCAGCAGCAACCAUGACCUGACUGAAAAUCUGUUAUGGAAUUGAGUCAGAGAAGACUGAAAGUUACACUGUAUUAAUGACACCACAACUGAAAAUACAGAAGAAAGCAGAAAGAUGCUGAAUUAACUAUAUAUAUGUAGGGUAAACACAAAUGAAUUAGUGCUCUGGGAAUCCAAAUUAAACUACUAGGGAAGGAAGAAAGCAGACACAUGAUCAUUUUAGCCAGCCUAGCUGUUUUACAGAAACAUUUCACAUAAGUGACCUUUAUCAGAGCUGGAGAGUCCCAAAAUUUUACUUCUCAGUUACAUAGCUGCCAACACCAAGAUCACACUUAGAAUUAUUCGCUUAGAUCAUCACGUACUAGCAGUAUUUUAAACAGGGACAAUUCUCAACAGCGGUUACAGUCACUCCUAUCAGGCUGCAUAAUGGCACUGGUGGAUGGGCAGCUGACCUUCACACAGCAUCCAGCACCUUCACGGCAAUCCCCUCAGCUGACUGCCCAGUGGCAGCUUUAAUGGCAUGGCAGUGAUUUUCCAUGACAUAGGAGGAAGCUCACGCUGGGCUGGGGAGCUGCCAAGAAUUUUGAAGAGGUGACCUGACAGGCAAACAGGUGGAAACAGGUGGAAACAGGGAUGACAAGGGGUGGGAAGAGGCGAUGACAGGUCACUUAAGUGUUUACCCUCCUGGCGAGUCCCUUUUGACCCACUUCCUGCAUGACAGCAGGUGACACUGUGAAAGCAGCUGCCCAGUUGGGCACAGCUUCUCUCAGUUGUUGCCUCUGUCACUCAAAAGGUUUGAGCAGUUCCAGGGCUGACAAGUCAGCAUCCUCAGUGUUACACAGGACCCUUUGGAUCCUCCCUGCCCCUCAUGGCUCCUCUAAGCCAUAUCUACUACAGAGAGAAAUGAAGAAAGCAGCAUUUUAAGCUACCACAAAGCAGAAUCAAAGCUAUAGCCUAAUAAAGAGAGAGCAACCCACAAGGAACUGCGUGCAGAGAAAAUAAUGGCAUACGUUUGUUUUAUUGUACUGUAACUAUCAUCACAAAUCUGAUUUGCAGUAACAUUUCAUUAAGCUUUCAGCAUAGCAAAUACUCAACCCUGCAGUCAAGGUUGGUCUGAACUUUAAACUAAAACUAAAGAAAGAUUGAAAUGGGUUCAUGUAAGCUAUUCUCCUCAGUGACGAUACAGAGUUGUCACUUUACAUUCUUAAAUUUGUAUGUUGAAGGCUCAUUUAAAAUGAACCAGUGUCUGCUUCUUGGUAGACAGACCAGACAGUCUACACACUCACUGUUAUUAGCAUGAUGUUCUGCAAAUGAGGUCAGUUUUUGAAUGGUGCUGAGAAUCCAAAUUAAAAAUUUAUGAUGGAAGGAAGAAGCGACAAGGCAUUUGUAUGUUGACAUUCAGGUCAUUACAACUUCCCUAACAUACAGGCAAAUGGAGCAAGUGCAAGAGCUGAAGUUGGUGACCUACAGACCUCAACUCUUGGAGGUCCAGGGUCUCUGUCACAGACUUCCAAAGCACCUAUUCAAAACAAAUCAUGUAUGCCUGAUAAACAGGCACAAUGAUUCAGAAUUACACGACCUUUUAGCUAAUCAAUCCAUCUGCUUGUCAGAUACAAGCAAAAGACUUCUUUGUGUACUACAUAACUGUCUUUUUGGAAGACAAGUGAACCAUUGGUUCCGAGAAUAUGUAAUUACACAAGUAACAAACAAGGGGCCUACACACUGUGCAAGGGCCUGUGUUGGUAUGAAGAAACCUUGUGACUGAAUUCCUAGAAAGGAACAUUUCUGAUGGGUUACUCAGAUUGCCCUUCCUCGUGUUUUGGAAUUACGCAGCAUGGAAGAAUUUUAAAAAGCUGUGUGCCAUCACUGGAGUCCAAAGCUACUCACCAGCUCAAAAAGAACAAAAAUGGGCUCUUUAGUGUUACUGAACUUUCAGAAGGAUGAACUCCUUUGCUAUAGAACUCCAUCACUCUCUGUGUAACAGAAGACGGAAAAACAAACAACCACAGCUCAACAAUUUUUAAACAUCUAUCUCAGGCCACAAAAAGAGACAGAUAUCAGCCAUCAGCCAUCCUUGGUUUUGUGUUGCUUUUUUUUUUUUCCUUUGUCUUUCCUUUUUAUUAUACAGGGACAGUGAUUAUCUCCCGACAAACUAUAAGAUAGUGCAAUAACACCAAACUGAGUGCAAUUGCUGUGGGCAAAUGUGGACGCAUCCUUUCCUAACAAAGUCAGCCACAUUUUACUGUUGUUAUGCUACUAAAAAGCUCUGAAGAAGGAAAUAAAAUGAAAACCUCAAUAAAGCAUGGAUACAUACUACAUAAAAUGACAGUAAUAUAUACAGACAUGGCAUCAUACCACUUGUGCAUAAUAUGCUCAUCACAAAACCUUAAGCACUGACAGUCCUGAACUGAUGUAAUAAUUUUCCUAUAAUUACUGUUCAAAAAGCUCUUAUCUGUAUUUUAGAACAAUGGUGAACACUACAGAAAAUCAUUUCAGAGCUUCUAUUAGCACUCGCCAAAUAAAAUACAGCUGAUACUUCUGAGUACACAUUCCCCAGUGUUCCUUUUUAAACUUAACUCUACAGUUUUGUCUGGAAGACUUCUGGAAAACAAACCCUGGUAUUUAUACAGCUGUAGUUUGAAUAGGAGCUUAAAUGGGGUUCCUGCAUUUAUUGAUUGACUAAAAACCACUUAAUUUUCAGCCCGCCUGAAGAAACUUCAGUACUACAACCACAGCAGCUAUUCAACACCUUCAGAGAUCAUUGUGAGUCGUGCACAAGCAGAAUAAGUAAUGGCCCAUUAUAAACACUGGUUUUAAACAUCUUUAUUUAAGCAUAAGGCAAAAUAAAUACUUUUAGCUAACCAAAUUACCACAGCAUUUUUUGAAGCAUAGACAUUUAAGUGACAGGAGUGCCACCUGGUGGUUAAGCACAAAAACAAAUCGGGUUGCGCGUAUUGUCUUCAAAACUUCUGGCUGAAGGGUGUCAGCUUUCUGCCUUUUGUGUUAAAAAGUAAUUAGGAGGUUCAUUUCCAACAUUCACAGAAUGUUGUAAGUACAAAAAUAUUUAAAUCCGAGACAUCAAUGAGACUUGCUUGUCUCUUGUGCCUGGAGUGAAAUCAUGACAUAAAUGCUGCACAAAUACUUUUCCCAAAGUCACAGAUGUCACAACCUACUAAAACAUACAAAUUAUCACCAUUUUAAAUAAAUAUUUAAGUGCAGUGGCCUGUAAUUCAAGAAGUAAUCCUGGAACCACGGUACCCUGGAGCAUAUUCUUGCAACUUUCUUCUGCCCUAAAAACAUUUCUUUUUAUUUUUGAAUAAAGUGAACUGUGUGCAUCUCCUAUCUAGGAAACGACAGAACCCAACAAAACAAUACCUAAAAAUUCAGAAAAUGUGGUAUUACAAACAGAACAGACAACCACAGCCUAUUUUAUGUUUGCUGCAAGAGUCAAACCACAGUGUGAAUGAGAAAAUAUGGAUAAGUAAGAAUCUACUUUGAAUUCAAGUUCAUUCACACAUUACUAACUGUACAGGGGUAAAAUGUUGUUUCCUUCUGUUUAAUUUCACACAAUGCACACAAUUGUAAAUCAUUAUGUCAGAUAACCAUUUGAUACAGCUACCAAAGCUGUUUCCGCUGCAACUCACAUGUUGCACCCACCACAAGUAAUGAAUACAACUGCACUUUCCACUUUCCUUACACUCACAGGAGUAAAAAUGAUUUACCAGCAGCACUGGUUCCGGACCUCAUUAUUUUCCCCACACUCAGUAUACGCCAGGACCUUGAGGGCACAAAACCAAGGAGAUAGAUAGCAAGUUGCAUCAAAACUUCAAUUCUGUAUGACACCAUACAGAACCAUGGAGUCCUACUGAUUUCUAAAUUCAUCUCUCAACAUUUCAGCUCUCUGCCAUUUCAUGCUGGUAUACGCAAACACUAAAAAUACUGAACUUCUCUGCAUAGCCUAAGAAAUCGCUGCUAGGUAACUGUUCUAAUUUCAGUGUAAAACAACUCUGUACACAUCUUCUGCAUAUUGAUUUGAAGUCAAUUAGGAUCACAGUGCUGGUCUUCUAGAGUAUGUAUCCCAACUAAUACUAAUAAAAGGCUUAACCCUAUUGGAAAAAAAAAAAA